AUGGAAGCUAUGAUGGAGGGAGAAAUUGAGGGUGAAGAGAAUUUAGGCGAAAUUGGAGAUGAUCAUGGAGACUCUUUUGAAGAAAUGAGAUUGUGAAUCGCUCAGCAAGAAGAAAAAAUACUAGAUGGAAAUGAGCUGAUCCUGGCCACAGGAUCAAUUAAUCAAGCAUCAAUUGAGGUUAUCGUGAGAGAAAAAGAAGACAAAGAAAUCUUUGUGUCUGCCAGAGCAGCAGAAUUGGUAGAAGCAAUUAAAAGGAAACAAAAAGAGGAUGAGAAGCCAUGGAUGGACGUGAAAUCUUAUGGGAAAGAUGCAAUCCUAAAUGAAGAAGAUGCUGGAGAAACAAUUGAAGAAAACAUCUGGGGAGAUGCUUGUGGAGUAAAUGAAGAAGAUACUGAUGGAAAAUCUGAAGGUGCGGCGAAAGAAACUAAAAUGGAAAUCGAAGGAGAAACUGAUGGGAAAAAUUAA